GUCGAGACUUGAAAUGUUGAGGAAAGAGAGGUUGUAAAUUGUAUUUUGCUGUAGUGAUAAUAGCAGUUGGACUUCCAGAUAUCCAGCCGAGCUGCUGGGGUUUUGUUGGGAUGAGUGCUCGGGCGGUCCUCAGGCCUGCAGCAUGCCUGUCCCGCAUAGCCGCUUGUCCUGUUGGAGCAGUGCGAUUCAAAAGGCCGCCUCUUGCACCCAAGAUCCCGCUCUCCAAGGAGCAUCUCAAACCCUUCUAUGAUAUAGUCCCUCCAGGGCUGACAGAAGAUUGCCCAUUAACGAUGGAGAUGAACAAACCGGGGCGUCACUACGCGCUUUGGAAACGGGAGUUCAUGCCAAAGGCCAUCCAUAUUGAAGGACUCCCUGAGGAUUAUUAUGCACCAGCAAGAGGUUUGGCCAAAAAGCUGAUCACAAAUCAUGAUCUUCUUGAGAACGCAGCCAAUGAGACUCUUCUUUACGAUCCCCCAGAUUACGAUGAGUACCUGCACCCUACUCAUCGUGGCUGGCAGAUGUUUUAUCUCUUCCAUCGUAUUCUUAUGCAGGCGGAAGGUUUGCCACGCUAUGCCGUCAAAGACAUGAUGCUAACUGCGGACGUGGCUUUUCGCUUCUUGUGGACUCGCAUCGGCCGCAAUGUUCAAGCGCUUGGUCGUGCUCCAUUCUUGAUCACAUCCAGACAUCCCCUUCCACCACCCAUAGCCCAACAAUCGGAGCUGGACAGAAUGAGCGAGGAGCACCAGUUUCAUGAUGGUACGCCAAUCUCUCCAUUCUACGGUAUGUUGCGGAGGGAUUACGGAGAGCCGCGCAUCAACUAUCCUCUCAACCCUCGAUCUCUGUUGCAGUACCCACACACACUGGUGAUGAUCCAGCGGCGGCGGAACGUCCAGAACGAGAUUACGCACAUGGAGCUGUCCGUCUUCCAGUUUGCUAUUCUUGCCGCCUUUGCUGUGACGCGGCUUGGCUACAAGCUUGGCCAGCCGUGCCCAAUGCCGCUCACUAUGCAGGCUAUAUACACGAAUGGACGCGAGGUUCAGCUGAGCUGCUUCCAGUUGAAUACGCUGGAAAUGGACAGCAGCUACGGCUUGAAAAACGUCACCUGGAGUGAACGGAAAGCCGUCUUGUACGAUGUGCCGGAGCAGGAUGACGAGCGCCGCUACCUAAUCAAUGGCGUCAAGGAGGACGUCUUCAACAAGUACUACUCAUUCUUUCUCAACUACGACUUUGAUCGGCUGGAUAAGGACACGGACAUGUCUGCCGCACAGCUGUUUUGAAUGCUCUAAUCUGCUGCUGGGAGCAGCUAGUGUGCAAUUGCUGUGAGAGGACUUUUGAGUCCGAACAUCAACAAUAACUUCAGGAGAACAUUAUUAAUUUUUUUUGAAGAGUGAGUGAGAGCAGUGUGGAGUUUAGAAUGUUCACCCGUCCA